CUAGUCGAAUUGUGAAAGGGAACACACUCAAAUUUACAUACUUACAUAUUAUCCACUUAAUCAAAGGGGAGGCGAUUAAAUGGCCUACCUAUUAUUUACCGACAUGUAUUGAUAUGGAUCAAUUUUAGUUAUUUUAGGUGUCGCUCCAUUUUUAAGAUUGUUUGCUAAGCUAGAUAAAGUAAACCAAUUUGCAAGCUUGUCUCAGUCGAAGUUGGACAAAUCUUUGGUCAGUGUGCAAUAAGUAUUUAGUAUUUUGUAAAAUUUUUGUCAAGAUGAAGAUAGCCGUACUGAUUAUCGGUUUUAGCUACUUUAGCGUAGUAAAUGCCGGUGUUGGGAUUCUCUCCCCACCGGAGGAAGCAGACGCUUGGGAACUUUUCGCAAAAUUUUGUGGAUCUGGAUCCGAAGGCGGAGAUUGGGGUGGGGCCAGGGUGUGGUGCAAGUUCGGCCCAGGAGAAAAUUUAGAGGUUAUCAAUCAUAACGUGGAGGCUCCAGCAGCAGUAAUUCCUGACUCCGUCGUGUUCGUGCAACCCCCACCCGUAACCUACAAGCACAAUAUCGCCGUCCAAGGAGGAACAGGAAUUGCUCCUCGUACGAAAAUCUACGUCCUUCCACAAAAGUCGUCCCACUCGAUUACCAGCGAAUACAAUCCUGGCGCUGUCGUAACUUCGAAGCCUAACGUCUUCUUUCUACGGAGCAAUGGGGACGAGGGGUACAGAUACGGCACCCCUGCCCCACCUGGCAUUGCCGGAUAUGAAGAACCCGCCCUAAUUAAAUAAGUAUGUAAGCUGGUAAAAAUUGGUCACUUGACGGUAACGGCAUGGCGACCAAUUACAACGAUACAGUAGAAUUAUGUCAAAUCUUUUGUUACGUAUUUUAUUCUUUAGAAUGCAAAACUAUUAAUAACUUGGUAACAAUUUCAAGCAGUAUUACCAAAAAAUAUGUUUACACAUGUACGAAAAUAAUAUGCAUUAACCUCUUAAUUUAGCAUAGAUACAGUAAAUAAGUUUUGAAUUAAAUAUAUGUAUACUAACAGAUCUAUAAUUUUCCUCUGUUUGGUCGCAACUUAGCUUAAAUUUUUGUACUGUAAAGUCGAGAAGUGAUUAUUUAAUCGUCUCAUUGAUAGAGAAUCUUAAAGAUGAAAAAAUUAAGUAGUACGUCGACUUCCAGGUACUUGACCAAAAAUUGUUGUACGAAAAUUUGAUGAUAAAUUGACCAAUAAUAAAUUAGCGAAUUUGGAGUUGGAAUUGGAAAAUUUAAUUUGUGUUAAUUAGAAAAAUUGAUCAAUGUGUGUAACGAAAUUGGAGCUAUGGAUUCCUUGCCGAUUAAGAGUAAGUAAUGAUGUCCUAAUUUUUAAACUGACAACUCACGAUUGGUUUCUUGAAGUAAUAAAAACAUAAGUAAACUGG